AUGACCUUAGAAGCUUCACUGAAUGCACUGACACCUCCAGUGUUUGAUGGAAUAAAUUAUCAAGUGUGGGCUGUCUGUAUGGAAGCCUACCUCGAUGCUAGUGAUCUGUGGGAAGCUGUUAGUGAGGAAUAUGAAGUUCCUCCCCUGUCCGACAAUCCAACUAUGGCUCAGAUAAAACUACACAAUGAGAGAAGGCAAAGGAAAUCAAAGGCAAAAGCUAGUCUAUUUGCAGCUGUCUCAUCUACAAUUUUCACCAUAAUCAUGACACUGAAGACAACAAAUGGAAUAUGGAACUUCCUGAAGAAGGAAUAUGAAGGAAAUGAACGAGUCAAAGGUAUGCAAGUGCUGAACUUGAUUAGAGAAUUUGAGAUGCAAAGGAUGAAAGAAUCAGAAACAAUCAAGGAUUACUCAAACAAACUUCUUAGCAUUGUUAACAAAGUAAGACUUCUUGGUAUUGACUUUUCUGAUUCUAGAAUAGUUCAAAAAUUUUUUACAACAGUUCCUGAAAAGUUUGAGACUACAAUAUCAUCUCUAGAAAACUCAAAAGAUGUGUCAAGUAUCACCUUGGCAAAGCUGUUGAAUGCAUUAUAG